GCUAACGCGAGCGCCGCGCCUCCGGGUCCCGGGCGCAACUGCACUGCCUGCCCGCCUCAGCGCAACGAGGCCCUGGCGCGCGUGGAGGUAGCGGUGCUGUGCCUCAUCCUCUUCCUGGCGCUGAGUGGCAACGUGUGCGUGCUCCUGGCGCUGCGCACCACUCGCCACAAGCACUCGCGCCUCUUCUUCUUCAUGAAGCACCUGAGCAUCGCCGACUUGGUGGUGGCCGUGUUCCAGGUGCUGCCACAGCUGCUGUGGGACAUCACCUUCCGCUUCUACGGGCCCGACCUGCUGUGCCGCCUGGUCAAGUACCUGCAGGUGGUGGGCAUGUUCGCCUCCACCUACCUGCUGCUGCUCAUGUCCCUGGACCGCUGCCUGGCCAUCUGCCAGCCGCUGCGCUCACUGCGCCGCCGCACAGACCGCCUGGCCGUGCUUGCCACGUGGCUGGGUUGCCUGGUGGCCAGCGCGCCCCAGGUGCACAUCUUCUCCCUGCGAGAGGUGGCGGACGGCGUCUUUGACUGCUGGGCUGUUUUCAUCCAGCCCUGGGGGCCCAAGGCCUACAUCACGUGGAUCACACUGUCCAUCUACAUUGUGCCGGUCAUUGUGCUGGCGGCCUGCUACAGCCUCAUCAGCUUCAAGAUCUGGCAGAACCUGCGACUGAAGACCGCAGCCGCGGCUGCAGCCCAGGGUCCCGAGUACUCCGACGCCGGCGGCUCAGGGCGAGCGGCGCUGGCGCGAGUCAGCAGCGUCAAGCUCAUCUCUAAGGCCAAGAUCCGCACCGUCAAGAUGACCUUCAUCAUCGUGCUGGCCUUCAUCGUGUGCUGGACGCCCUUCUUCUUUGUGCAGAUGUGGAGUGUGUGGGACGCCAAUGCGCCCAAGGAAGCCUCCGCCUUCAUCAUCGCCAUGCUGCUGGCAAGCCUCAACAGCUGCUGCAACCCCUGGAUCUACAUGCUCUUUACUGGCCACCUCUUCCAUGAACUCGUGCAGCGCUUCCUCUGCUGCUCCCCCAGCUUCUUGAAGGGCAGCCGUUCGAGAGAGACAAGUGUCAGCAAAAAGAGCAACUCGUCCACCUUUGCCUUGAGCCAGCGCAGCUCCAGCCAGAGGAGCUGCUCCCAGCCAUCCACAGUGUGACCCCAGGCCGGGCAGCUGCCUGCUGAGCUCACAGUGCUGCAUGGACAGUCUGCCCUUGUGUCCUUUACGUGUGUGUAAGGUACUCUUAUUUGUGUUCCUCUGCACCUUGGGGUAGCUCUAGUGCCAUGGGGGAUUCUGACAUGGGGCAGAAGAUGAUGGGGUUACUCAGCCAUCAGACAAACCCCCGUGUUUCCUGGGUUCCCCAUGUCCUGCUACCCUAACCCUACUGCUGCUCUGGGCACUGCCUGGGUUCUUCUUCCCCUAGACUGUACUUUCACUCAGUAUCUUUUUACUUCUGUACCAUAGAACCUUGUGAAAGAAGCAGAUAUAAGAUCAGUGACUGAUUUGGGCCAGGGAUUUAGCUCAGUGGU